CUCUCUCUCUCUCUCUCCCUCUCCUCCCAUCCCACUUCUCCCUCUCCGAAUCACUCCUCGCACAGGUUAAUCACCCAUCCUCCCUUGUCCUAGUAUGGGCAGGUCUCCAUGCUGUGAGAAGGCUCAUACGAACAAGGGAGCUUGGACCAAGGAGGAAGACGAGAAGCUCAUCUCCUACAUCAAAGCCCAUGGCGAAGGCUGCUGGAGAUCGCUCCCCAAAGCUGCAGGUUUGCUUAGAUGUGGCAAGAGCUGCCGGCUCAGGUGGAUAAACUACCUCCGUCCCGAUCUCAAGCGUGGCAAUUUUACCGCCGAAGAAGACGACCUCAUCAUCAAGCUCCAUGGCUUGCUCGGAAACAAAUGGUCUCUGAUAGCAGGGCGAUUGCCCGGGAGGACCGACAACGAGAUCAAGAACUACUGGAACACGCACAUCAAGAGGAAGCUCCUCAGCCGCGGCCUCGACCCCAAGACUCACCGACCGAUCGACGUCGACCGCCCUUUCGCUGCCCUGAAACAACGAGACAUGUCCGCGGCUCAAGAUAGUACAGCGUCGGAGAAGUACUUCUCCGGCGACGAGGAGGGCGGCAGCGGCAGCACUGGCAGACACAAGGGCUGCUACCUCGACCUCAACCUCGACCUGUCCAUAAGCCUCCCUUACCACCACCCUUGCCAGGAGCAGUCCUCUCCUCGCGAGGCCAAAUCACAGGCCACCCCACGGUCCCUCCGUUGCCAUCACCAGUGGAACUUGUAGCUGCCAAAACACAUCCCCAAGUCACUUGUAUUAUUCAGUCAUAGCAUUAGGCCAUUGGAAGAGGGACAACACAUAGCUUAACUAAGCCUAGUAUUGUAAUGCAUUAGCUGAAGCUUAGAUGAGUAAAGAAAGGCACUAAUAGUAGCUAGUCUUAGCAUUUGUGCAUGCCAAGUGGUUCUUGCGCAACGAAGAAGAAGGACUGAAGUGAUAAGGGACAUGUGUGUGUGUGUGCGAUGCCCAAUGGUAGGUUCUUGUCGUUGGCAUCUGAUGUGAGGCCUUUUGUCACAUAAAGCAUUCAUAUGUGGAGUUAUUUCUGGGUAUAAGAAUUAAUGAUAUUUCUUUUUUCUUUUGAGCAACA